GGCGAGAGUCACUGUCAGCCGAGGCUGUACAGCGGCCAGUCAUUAUUCCGACAUCAAGAUCGACAAUGCAUUCAGCUGGAUGUAGGAUUCCCUGAGCGGGCUGCUUUUGUGCCACAAUAUAAUUAUCCCACCGCUUGCACCACAUCACCUGUCCACUCCCCUCCCGCCCUCACGUCUGUGAGUCGUAUUCUCCGCGGCGAUUCGUCGGCCUUUUACCAUGUCUCCUCAUCGGGCACUGUUCCUAUGCGCCUUGCUUUUUGGCGAGGCUCUCCUCGCAGCUUCGGCUUCCCCGUGGACCUUGACGGCCAUCCACAAGCGAGCACCUCCUGAGCACAAUGAGUGGGACCGGGGGCCAAGGGCCGACCCGGACCUGAUCGUUCCUGUCCAAAUCGACCUGGCCGAGAGGUCAACCGAGGAGGCCGUCGACGCCCUCGUCUCAUUGUCCGACCCGUCAAGCUCGACGUUCGGUCGCUACUGGUCCGCCUUAGACGUCACUCGGGCCUUCGCCCUCCCCAGAGACGAGAUCAAGGCCGUCCUCGACUGGGUUGAGGAAGAAGCCAACCUACCCCGCGCUCAGAUUCGUCUUUCUCCGUGCCUCUGCAGAGUCGAUUUCAACAUCACCGUCCGUGCCUUGGAGGCAUGGCUUGACACCGAAUACUUCACCUACACGCACAAGGCCAGCGGCGAGACCAGCGUGGCAUGCCUAGAGUACCAGGUCCCAGAGAACCUCCUGGAGUCCAUCGACUUCAUCAUCCCAACCGUGUUCCCUGUCCAAGACCCGGCCGUGCCCUCACUGCUGAAGAUUGACGACCAUGUCGGUCCCCCUAUCCCCGUCAGCAACUUUGGUCGCCACGCCAGGUUGUCAAAGAGGCAGCGGCAGAUGGACUGCAACCAGUUCAACACAGCCCAAUGCAUCCGAGAGUGGUAUCAGAUUCCCUCCCGCAACGCCACCUACCCCACCCACCCCAACAACAGCUUUGGCAUCUACCAGCCCGCUGCCGUCGCCUGGCUCGCCAAAGACCUCGACCAGUACUUUGACACCUUUGAGCCCCAACUCACUGGAGCCCGGCCUGUGAUGCAACGGAUCGAUGGCGGCCACCUCGACAGCGAGACAUUCAAGAGCAUCUACCAUCAUGUCGAGCCCAACCUCGACUUCCAGUAUGCCAUGGCUCUCACGUGGCCGCAGCCCGUCAUGAACAUCCAAGUCGGCGACAAAUACGUCGCGGGCAACCUCAACAACAUGCUCGCGGCAUACGACGACUACUACUGUGACCAACUCGACCCGGAGCUCGAUCCCCAGUGGCCCAACCCCCUCGCCCCCGAUGAUGGAUACCACCAGCUCGACUGCGGCACCCACACCCCGCCCAAGGUGAUCUCCGUCUCGUACGCCUGGGCCGAAGCCGGCUUCCCCCAGGACUACCUCCGCCGACAGUGCGACGAGUACCUCAAGCUCGGCCUCAUGGGCAUCACCAUCAUCGCGGGCACGGGCGACGAGGGCACAGCAGGUCGCCACACAGCGUGCGACGAUCCCGCCACGGACGGGCCCGACCGCCCCUUCCACGUCUCCUUCCCGGCCUCAUGCCCCUGGGUCACCGCCGUGGGCGGCACCAUGAAGAACCUCAACUCGACCACCAACUCCACCGCACCCCAACGGGAAACCGUCUACGUGAAGCCGAACACCAGUUCCACGGGCGGGUUCAGCAGCGUCUUCCCGGCGCCGGACUACCAGACCGGCGUCACCACCUCGUACCUCGAGUUGGAGAAGCGUCAGCUGCACUGCCGCAACAUCACCGAUCGCUUUGAUCCCCAGGGGCGCGGCGUGCCGGACAUCUCGGCGCUUGCCACCGACUACCUGAUCGCGCUGAACGGGGAGUUCAGGCGGGUCCAUGGGACGUCGGCGGCUACGCCUAUUGUGGCGUCCAUGAUUGCCAUGGUGAACAAUGAGAGGCUGUUAGCGGGGAAGGGGCCGGUGGGGUUCAUCAACCCGGUCUUGUAUCAGCACCCUGAUGUGUUUGAUGAUGUGGCGCAUGGAGAGAAUACUGGGUGUGAACCUCGCCAUGGGUUCCGUGCCAUUGAGGGGUGGGAUGCGGCGACUGGGUUGGGGUCGCCGAACUAUGAGCUGCUGUUGGAGUUGUUCAUGUCACUUCCUUGAUGCUCUUUUUUUUUGGCAUGUUCUUGGCAUGGAUGGCCAACAGAAAUACGAGGUAAAAAUAAACAUGGAGAUUCUGGGGUUUCUUUGGAUGGUUAGGGUCCCGCCGGGUUGGGGGCUUGCGAUCGUGAUAACACAGGGUUGUACCAUUGAUAAUAUGGAUGGAAAGAGUAUCCGUCGUUUUCUUUAAAUGGAAAUAAAAACCCCACUCUGGAGCGUGGAAUGCGACAAGAGCUGAACGGGAGGGGUGAAGACGGGUUGCCUGGC